AUGUCAGAUCAAGAACGUCUUAAGUAUGCGUACUUGCUGAAAAAUCCGAAACUUGAUUUGCACACUUUGGAAGUAUUAAGUGAUGAUAAACGGUCAUCUGAACUUGUUGUUUCUCUGCUGAAACAAGUAAAACACAUAGUUCGAGUGAGGAAAUUUACCAUCACUGUAGCUCUCUCAGAUGCUCCGUUAAUCAUUUCAAAAUUCGAUCCACGAGUACUUGAUGAUCUCGAAAUCCGAUUGAAAGAUGAAUAUAUCGAAAACCUGGAUACGAUUCUCGAACUGGAGCAAAUCAAAGGAUUGAAAUACUUUUAUAUAUUAACAAAACUCGAGACACAUGAAUUCCCACUCCAUUGCUUCCUCACAUAUCCUGUUUUCAGUAUCGUUUACGAUGAGGCAACAGAUCUCAAACCAAUUGUUGCAUUCAUCAGAAAGCUAUUGAAAAACUCGAGUAACCUUAAAAAUUGUUAUUUCUUUUUUAGAAACGAACGAUUCCGCCAGUCAUAUCUAAGAAAAUCUUUCUCUCGCCUCGGAAUGCCGGUUCCAUUUCCAGGUUUCCGGAAUUACCGGCACAUUCCGAUUCCAGGAAGUACUGAUGUUUACGAACUUGAAUUCUCAGAUCGUGAUAUUUGUAUCGAGAGAAAAAAGAAAGAAGAAGUGGAUUAUGAUUCUUCUUCCGAUUCUUCCGAUUCUGACUUUUAG